ACAGGCUUGAUCUUGAUGACAAAUGGUACAACGAUGACCAGCAACAGGCCGGUCAUCAACUUCCUUGCAGCCGGUGAUUCGGGGGCUGUUAUGGUGAGGAGCGUAGAUAUGGAGGGGAAGGAUAAGUCGUACCCAACUUGGGCAAGGAUGUGGGAGGAGGCCAUAAGGGAGUUGGGCGUGCAUAGGCGGGCAUGUACCUUGCUCGAGCCUGUUUAUGCCCUUGAUGAAGGCCAUGGACAGAGACGGGAGGAUGGGUAUGCAGGUGUGGUCUUUGGGGAUCACGUUGGAGAAGAGAAUGGCCAUGCUGCCCAUGGAUUGCGAGACAAGGGAGUUCGUGAUGGCGAAGACUUCGGUGUGUCUGUGGAUGUUCAAGUUCGGGGCACUGCGGAACAUGCGGACGGAGACAUCGGUGCGGACAUGGACGACCUGGCUCGUGGAACAGCGGAGGACACCGAGGCUGCGGGCGGCGAUGUGGUCUCCACUCCUGACCCGGGGUUGGGGCUGGGGGAGGGGUUUGCCUCCCUACUGCAUCACGUGGCUCCCAUUGUGGCGAGCGGCUCCAACAAGGACUUCCGUGAACACCCGUCUGCGAUGUCCCCCAUGCGGAUAGAUUUUGAGGAGCAGACUCCUGAUUGGGCCAGAUUCACUGGACCAACCCCACCGGGUCUACAGUUGAGCAAGGACAUUCCAACAGAGGUCGGGGAAGGUUUACAGGGCAUGGUUUACAGGAGGAGGACCCGAGCUGCUGAGGUUGGAGGACCUGACCCACCACAACAUGUAGCUGCACGACGUGCGUCAGUGUCACCGCCCAAAAUCGACGCCAGCAAGGUGCGCCAAGUGAGGAGUUCGGCGGGCAGAAAGAAAGGAGGGAAGAACAAACCGAAGGAGAGCGGCAUCGACGACAAGAGGUGGAAGAGGCAAGGGACCCAAGACAGUCACACCGCCAGCGACCUUGAAAGAGAAGCAUGCUGUUGUUCGGCAGGCGAAGAAGAGGAAGGCACGAAAAGUUCACAAGAAAGUCACCGCAGCCAGCUCAUGCUCAGUAGUUUUGCUGUCUCAAACUUGUGGAACUUUGCCACCCUGAAGUCCCUUCAUGAAUCUUUUCUGUGGAGAAGGCGCGCACCUCUGCACGUUGAUUCUAACACAUGUUUUCUCUUCACUGUGGAACAGUUUAAACGGCCGGGAUCCGACCUGAUCAGAGGUGUUGAUAUACAUCCGCGUGAGCCAUGGAUUCUCACAAGCGUUUAUUGGAAAGGUGUGGUGGAAAUAUGGGACUACGAGCGACAGGGCUUGGUAUAUGAUUGGAAGGUCUCUCACAAGUCUGUUCGCGCCGCCAAAUUUAUUGACCAGAAAGAAUGGAUCGUGGUGGGUGGAGAGGACAACUCAAUUCGAGUUUAUGAUGUCAAAAGUCACGACCUUGUGAAGAUGUUUGUGGCACAUCAGCACUGGGUCUAUGAUGUUGCAGUGCAUCCAAGUCGACCGUAUGUGUUGUCCUGCUCUAGAGAUGAGACCAUUAAGCUGUGGGAUUGGGAAAAGGAUUGGGAUCCCAUCACCUUCCAUGGUCAUUUACUGGCGGUGAAACAGGUUUCCUUUCAUCCACAGGAUCCGAACAUCUUUGCAAGUGCUUCGGAUGACAGGACUAUCAAGGUGUGGGACUAUGAGAGCGAAUCUUGCAAAGCAACGUUGAUUGGGCAUGGGAGUGACGUGUAUGGCGCUUGCUUUCACCCGCACUUUCCCUAUAUCUUCACAGGAUCGAAAGAUGAAACGGUUCGAGUCUGGAAUGGGACCGAUUAUCGGCUUGAGAAGACUCUUGAGAGCAAAGUGGGAUCCGUCUGGAUUAUUGCUACGUGCAAGACUUCGGAUAUGAUCGCUGUCGGAGGCCUGAGAGGAGCAGUACUGUUUGAUGUCCGUGUUAUUCAGCAGGAGGGGCUUGGGUUGAUGCAGCAUGCGCAGAGGACAAUGCUCCCACACGGGAAAAUGAGUCUUUCCCCCGGGAUGGUUGCUGGGAUUGGCUUUCCAGCAUCAAUCAACAGUUCUUCAAUGCAAGGCUUUCAGGCAGCAGACAUUUUGGCACGGGAUAUGGUGCGAACUUUUCCUUGAAAGAAGGCCAUUGCAUUCCAGUCCUGGAGACAGAAUGCAAUGGGUUUCAUUCCCAUCGUAUUGUACGUACAGUGUAUGACUA